GUCGGUAGUGGCUGAUGAGUGGUCUGCAACAUUUAUGCCGGAAGUAAGAUCCCAUAAUUCAAGUCCACAACGACGCACAUGCGCAGUAGGUUUAUUAUCAAUGAAUGGUGGAAGAUGAGUUCUAAAAUUCCUAGGAAAGCUCUUGCCAUCCAGUCCCGUAAAAAGCGUUCGAAGGCGAAGACUCGUUUCAAAACAGACGAAAAAAAGAAAGAUUCCACUAGCAGAGGAUCGUCCGACCCUAACAAAUGUUACCAACCUUAUGAUGAAGAGGAGGAGGAAGAGGAGAUCUUGGGAUCUGAUGAUGACGAGCAAGAAGAUCCAAAAGACUACUGCAAAGGUGGUUAUCACCCGGUGAAGAUCGGUGACUUGUUCAACAACAGAUACCAUGUGGUCCGCAAACUUGGCUGGGGGCACUUUUCUACUGUUUGGCUCUGCUGGGACCUCCAGGCCAAGAGGUUUGUGGCCAUGAAAGUGGUCAAGAGUGCUCAGCACUACACGGAAACUGCCAUUGAUGAAAUCAAGUUGCUUAGAUGUGUAAGAGAAGCGGAUGAGAAUGAUCCAUUCAGGGAAAGAACUGUACAACUACUAGAUGACUUCAAAAUAUCUGGUGUUAAUGGCACACAUGUAUGCAUGGUGUUUGAAGUCCUAGGCAACAAUCUUCUCAAAUUCAUAAUUCGAUCCAACUAUCAAGGCAUACCGCUUCCUAAUGUUAAGAACAUAAUGAGACAGGUCUUGCAAGGGCUGCAUUAUUUGCACACAAAAUGCAACAUAAUUCAUACGGACAUCAAACCAGAGAAUGUUUUGAUCUGUGUGGAGGAGACGCAUGUACGUAAGCUCGCUUCGGAUGCAUAUGAAUGGCAGAAGAAAGGGGACAAGCUUCCAGGCUCAGCUGUGAGCACUGCCCCAAAGGAGCGUCCCAAUGAGUCGUCCAAGAUGUCAAAGAACAAGAAGAAGAAGUUGAAAAAGAAGGCAAAGAAGCAGCAGCAGCUGAUGGACCUGCAGAUGCAGCAAAUCUCUGAAGUGGAGAUGGAGAAGCUUCAUGAUGAGCCGGAUCACACAAACCGGUCUCCAGAAUCAAAGAAAUCGCUUAUAGGCACUGGAGAUAAGAAUGAACCAACCUGUGAUAGCAACAACAGCAGCGCCAGAAACAGCAUGGUGGUGCUCGACAGCAACGGUAGCAGCAACCGCAACAGUGUGGUGGUAGUUGACGAGGAGGAAACAAGCAACCAACCAUCCACAGUUGCCAAGGACACAACCACAAUAACUGUCAUAGAAAACACUGUGAAUAUCGCCAUCAACCACCAGAAUGAGAACCACAUACUCGCUCAGAAGAACAACAACGCCAACCCAAAAGAUUCCACAGAAAAAGAAGCACUUGAUAAAGCAACUGUGCUGGAACAGAACUUGAAGAACUCAUCUGAAUCUCUACAGAACAACAAGAUCGACAAAAAGGUGGAAAUCAACGGUCCCACCAUCACAGAGUUGGAAUCGCCAUCAGUAGAUACGAGUAAGGGCAUUUCUACAUCGACCAGUGGAGAUUCCAUUAGUGUAUCAGUAUCAGUGUCAGAGACUUGUAAUGGACAUGAAUCUCCUGUAAAGGAAGAAACCUCGCCUGUGGAGCCAGUGGAGGCCAAGGGAGCAGUGAAAAGUGAGAGAGGCGUUAUCUGUGAUGAAAAUUCAGUGGACCAGGAAAGGGAGGGAAAUCCAUUUAAAGCAGUCUCAGAAGGGGACAUAGGCCCCCUUCCAUCAAUGGAUUCCGAUGAGCAGCUGGAGAAAGGGGACGGGGAUGGGCUGACUUUGAAUUCUGCAAGGUACAUAGACCCGGUGCGAGAGAUCUGUGACAUACCUUGUAAAUUGGCAGACUUGGGAAAUGCUUGCUGGACUUACCACCACUUCACGGAGGACAUUCAGACCCGACAGUACCGAUGUCUGGAGGUGCUAGUGGGGGCUGGCUAUGGAACCCCAGCUGACAUCUGGAGCACAGCUUGCAUGGCAUUUGAGUUGGCCACUGGAGACUACCUGUUUGAGCCUCACUCUGGGGGGGAGGAGUACUCCAGAGACGAGGACCAUCUUGCCCACAUCAUAGAGCUGCUGGGACCCAUACCCAGACACAUUGCCCUGUCUGGAAAAUACUCCAGGGAGUUCUUCAAUAGAAAAGGGGAGCUGAGAAACAUCACAAAGUUGAAGCCGUGGGCCCUGUACGAAGUGUUGAUGGAGAAGUACGAGUGGGAUCCGGACGAAGCCACUGCAUUUUCAGACUUCCUGGUUCCCAUGCUGGAAUUCGAGCCCGAAAAACGUGCCACUGCUUGGGACUGUUUACAACAUCCAUGGCUUAAUUCAUAGUCAAAAUUCAUAUUGGCAUUGUAUCAAGAAAGGUUUGAUGUUAUCCCUCUCACCAUCUUAUGCUCGACCUGUUGUCAAUCUGCUAAACGUUGGUGUAUACAAAAAAUAUUGAUGUAUGUAAUAUAGAUAUUAGUCAUUCGGCAUAUCUUUUGGUUGUCCCAAUUUUAUGGGAUGGAUGUUAAUACAGUCGUAAUGAUAUUUAUAUUGCCUGCCAUUUCUGAUAACCCACCCAAUAACCAUUUUACUGGACAAAUUCUGUUAAAACAAAUGAAAUUAAUAAUUUCUUGUAUUGCACACUUGUGUUUACUAUUGUUAUGAAUGUUUUAAACAGCUUCAUAAUCUCAUUUAUGUUUAGAUCUUGUUUUGCACAUGUAUUAAUUGUUAGUUUUUCUUGUGUGCAUUAUUCCAGGAUAUCUUCAUGCACAAAGAGUAUUAAAACCAAGAUUGUUACUGUUUUGAUAAUAGCCAUGUGUUGUGAAACUUUCUAUAUAUUUCGGAGAUAUACAUGAAUUACUGUUGUUAUUUACUGUUAAUCUGUUUCUGUUUUACUUGUUUGUGCUACAAUAUUAAUUCCAUACAAUUUAGUGCUUUACUUAUCUUCAAAUAUAUUAAUACCAAGUAGUGCAACUGGCUUCCCUUUUUUGCUGCCUAAAACGGUAUUUGUUCUUGUCAGUAGUAAUAGCAGGAAUGUUUCUUUGAAGUCAUUUGGUAAUGUUUAUAUGAUCCACAUCAAGCCAAAAUGUGUCUUACAUCAUGCGAGGCAUUAUUAAGCCAGUUAAAGACCAGUCUGCGCUAUUGCACAGCCUUUAUGUGCUGCGUUGUCCGCUAUAAAGUCAUGCCAGAUUAUGCGGUUUCAUAAGAAUGAAGCAUUGAUCCAGACCAGUUAGUGCAAAGAGAUAAGUCUUUUAAAAGCAACAUUGUUGUCUGCCUCAAAGUUACCGUUUCACAACUGGCUUUAGAAGAUACUAUUUAAAAACUAAGUCACAGUGCAAAUAUGUGGAAUGUUCAUACCGGUUCUAUUAAAAAAUGGAUAUUUUGGGACUGUGAAACUUACAGCAUGUGCUUGUUUAUGAACAAUGGGACAGAACAAUUUUUUUGUCAACAGCUUAUUAGAAGUUGAAAUCCAACAGUAGUUUGUUGUAUAAUGUAGAUAAGUAGAUAUGUAUGUUUAUUGAUGUGUCCUUUAACAGUUAAAAUGCAAAAUUAUGUUCGUUCAGUUUUUCUUUUGCAUUUGAGAUAUAAAACUUAAAUUGGGGGAAAGGUUUACCAGAGACAGGUAAUGAAAAACCUUAAAUUGUAUGAUGCUUGCCAUGACCUGUUAACUUGAAAGCCACUUCAGUAACCACUGUUCUGUUUGUAAAUGUGCAAAGUCGGAUACAUACAAAACAAUAAUUUCAUGAGAAAAAUGUAUUGUAACCCCUGGAUGAUAGAUGGAUUGUUUCCUUUCCAGUUUGCAGAAUCGUAUUGCCUACAUUUGUUUGUGUAAAAAUAUUUAUUGUAAAUGUAACAAUGUUUCACAUUUGGUUUUAUAACUGCAUUGAAAUUACCCAAGGAGUUUAACCUUGUUCGCCGUGGAUCUGAUAAAAAUAAACAAAAGUGGCAUUUUACUUUUUUAUGUCCCCCAAUUAUAGUGGGGGACACAUUGUUUUUGUCCUGUCCGUUGCUUUGUUUGUUUGUUUGCCCCAACUUUAACAUUUGCCAUAACUUUUGCAAUAUUGAAGAUAGCAACUUGAUAUUUGGCAUGCAUGUGUGUCUCAUGGAGCUGCACAUUUUGAGUGGUGAAAGGUCAAGGUCAUCCUUCAAGGUCAAAGGUCAUAUAUAUGGGGACAUAGUGUUUCACAAACACAUCGCUUGUUUUUGCUUAGUUUCCAUUAAUAUGGUAUAUUAUUAAUAUCACCAGUAAGUUUAAACAACUUAAUGCAGCUUUUACAGCCUAGAUAUCUAUUGAUAAACAUUAUGUAUAAAAAGCUUGCAAGAUGGAUUUAUCAAAUUAUUUUAUUUUAUUUUUCAAAGGGAAUGGUACAUGUAACUAGUAGGUGACGUUUCAAUCUUUUAGGCUACUUAUUGGUUAUGAUAUUUUAAGCAAUGGCUCAUGCACAUGAAGUAGCUUAAACAUGCAUUUAUAACAGAAAUAACACUUUGUAUAUUUUGUUUUAUGUAAAUAGUAGAUCUAGACGUAUAGGCGGCAAGUGUUGCCGUUUUUGCAUUGUGUUAAUGGCUUUUGUAUUAUUUUCAACUUAGAAAUUCUUCAUGGUGUUCUUCAUUAACCAAUGUUUAGCAACAGUUGAGUCCGUUUAUUUAUGCAAAUUUUUAAAGAUACUGAUCACAAUGCGUUCAAUGAAAUUAUGUCCACUUCUCAUCCAAGAUAACGGGCUAUAUUGGUUUGCAAACUUUGUUUUGAAGGUGAUUAAACAUUGUUCUUCAUACAAGUCAAAUAGUUUGCAUUCGAUCAGCAUCAAACUAGAUCUAGAUUAAGUCGCUUCAUUGCUAUAGUGCUCUAUUUCCAUUUUUUUUCAAAAUUGAGUUUUUUAUAUCACUGUGUUUGUGAAAACGAGAUCUUUAAUAUGACGUAAUUGGAUUCAAGAUUAGUCGUCACAGAAGAAGUUUUUCGAUUCCAUUUUGCUCUAUCUCCCACAUUUUUACAAACAGGUGAAUGCUGUACAUGCGUUUUUCUCCAAAAAAUGAAAAUGGUUGUUAGAGCACAAAAGAAAUCAAGCGACGAUUUGUAAGUUUUAUAUGGAGUCACCCUAGUGGUUAUCCUCAAGAUGUUGGAACUUUUUAGCUGUAACCACUGUGUGGAAGCCCAAUAGAUUUAUCUUCACGAAAUACUGGAUAACCAAAAUCGCACAUGAAACAGUGGAGUUAAACUUUGAAUCAACUUAAAUUGAAUGAUCAAAUUCAGCAGUUACUAUCCUGUUGAUAUUGUAAGUUUUCAUAUAACCUUUUCCUAGCUUAAUUAUUAAAGAUCACUUUCAUCUUUGAAGAUGCCUGUAUAUACUUUAUUAACAAAUGUUUGCUACAUGCAAAACCAGCUUUUCAGAUGUUAUCAUUCAUCGCAUAUAAAUUAUACCUUCAGAUAUGUAUAUUGUGACAUGCAUUUUAAUAUACAUGUGAUUUAAGUUGAAUGCGAUUAAAGUUUAUGCAAACGUU